UAGGUAGCCACGGACGACGAGAUAUGUUUAGCGUAAACAAAUUGAUUCUCGUGAGAAACUGAAUUAUUUUGUGGAAAUCAAUCGCGUAUGACAGUUCUAGUUUGUGCGUAUCGGCAACAUGACAUCUCUGGAUUUAAGACAACAGAAACUUGAACAACAAAGACAAUUACUUGCACAAAAAAUGAAACAAAAACGACAAAGUGGGGCUGGUGGAAUGGUUCAAGCAUCUAAUAUAUCAAGCACUCAGCUUACAAGUCAUUCUACAAAGUGGAUGAAUCCAAACAAAGAGCUUCAUGAAGUAAGCACAGAAGGAGGUUUUUAUCGAACUUUGGAAGCUACUGAUUGUGCGGAUGAAGAAUCAUCACCUAUAGAUAUACAUUCACCUUCAGAAUCUUUACCAUGUCUUUCACCUCUUAGAGUAGCUCCAUCAGAUGGUGCUAGCACACUUAUCAAUAGAGAAAAUAAUUCCUCAAGUCCAGAAUUAGAAGGAAACGUGGAAGGGAAUAUAGAGCAUUUUGUACUACAACCAGCAAAUAAAAAAAUGCAUUAUAAGUGUAGGAUAACACGCGAUAGAAAGGGUAUGGAUCGUGGUCUCUACCCAACUUAUUUUUUACACUUAGAACGUGAUUAUGGGAAAAAGAUUUUCUUAUUGGCUGGACGCAAAAGGAAAAAAAGCACAACAAGCAACUAUUUAAUUUCUACUGAUCCUACUGACCUUUCAAGAACAGGCGAAUCUUAUAUUGGAAAAUUAAGAUCAAAUCUUCUGGGAACACAAUUUACUGUAUACGAUAACGGAUAUUCCUUAAUGAAAGAAGAUAAACGAGACGAUCGUUUUAAUCCAAGGCAAGAAUUGGCUGCAGUAAUAUACGAUACUAACGUUUUAGGAUUUAAAGGGCCACGUAAGAUGACUGUCAUUAUCCCAGGAAUGACAUCGGAUCAAAAAAGAGUUGAAAUUUGUCCACGAGACGAAUCUGAAACUCUUCUGGAACGGUGGAAAACAAAAAAUAUGGAUAAUUUAAUAGAACUACACAAUAAGACCCCUGUGUGGAAUGAUGAUACACAGUCAUAUGUACUUAAUUUCCAUGGACGUGUGACGCAAGCUUCAGUAAAAAAUUUUCAAGUAGUACAUGAUAGUGAUGUGGAUUACGUUGUUAUGCAAUUUGGCCGUGUGGCAGAAGACGUUUUCACGAUGGAUUAUAGGUUUCCAUUGUGCACGCUUCAAGCAUUUGCCAUCGCUUUAAGCAGUUUUGAUAGUAAGUUAGCUUGUGAAUAAUAUAAUUGAACAUAAAAUGAUCAUACAUUCAUGGGCGAUAAACUAUAUUGAUUAGAAGAAUUUGCAAUGGACAAUCAAUAGAUUGCAAUGAUGCUUUUGUACAAACAUAUCUGUAACAGUAACUAUUCUAUUCAAAUUUUCUGACGUAAUCAUUAUAAAUCGUGUGUUCAUGUAUGGGUACUGUUUUUAAAUACUAAAUAUAUUUCGCAUUUAAUGCUCGCACCAGGUAUUAAAAUGACAACUAUAAUUCUAUCGUUAUUGGUCCUAAUACAUCGUUCUGUAAUGUGCAUUUCGAUUUGUAUUACACAUGCAAUAUUUUAUUGUUAAUACUUCUAAUAAUAAUAUUGCUUAUUGUGAUGAAUAAUAUACAUGGUAAAGAAUUAUAAUUUGAAACAAAUUGUAUAAUUUCUAAUUUAUAUUUUAUUAAUUAUUUGUUAUCUUAUUCAGUAUCUGAAAUAUUUCAAACUAUGUUUGUGCAAUCAAAUAUCUGGUGUUUACAAGGUUGACAUUUUGGUACUAUUAUGAAGAAGUUUCUACACAAACGGUAUUUUAUAUGCUCGAAAGCAACACAUUAAACGCAGCAAUGACAUUGAUACACUGCACAACUUACUGCCUAAACAGAUGAUAAUGAAUCUUCAUAUCAAAAGUGUAUAGAGUUGUUCUUAUGCUAUACAUUUUUGCUUGAAAAGUUCAAGCACAUUCUACUAUUCAUGAUAAUUUAAAUAAUAAUGCAAUAAAUUAUGUAAGAUAAAAAAUAUUUUUUAGAACUGACAGGGAUAAAUAAUCACUUUCUUGCAAACGGAAUUCUACGUAAUUUAUUACUUUUUUGUAAAAAUGGCAAUAAUCACAAAUGACAAAUAGUUUUUAUUACAUAAUAUUGCAUCUCAUUUUAUGAAAAAUUUUUCAAUAUUUAAGUUUAAAUUUUUAAUUUUUCAAUAUUAAUAGUAAUAAUAAAUUGAAAUUGUUAUAGCGGUGUAAAAACGAUUUCUGUGUAUAAUGAUCUAUUAAAAUCUAUUGCCUAAAUGUAUCAUUUGAGAUACAUAUCAAACAUUUUUAUUUGAUAUAUAACUUAUUAAUUAAGACAUUUUAUUAUUGACAUAAAAUUCUUUAUAUUUAUAAAAGUACCAAAGAUAUGUUGAUACUAAUACAAGAUGACACUUCAAUGUUGGGUCUUUUAUAUAAUAUUAGUUAUAUAUUUCAACGUUGGGCCUUUAUGUAAUAUUAAUUACACAUUUGGGAACUGCAAAGAAAAACCUGAAAAUAUUUAUUUCAUUGUAUAAAUUAUCUAUUAAAUUCGAUAUUUAUGAGCAUGUAAAUAAUUAUGCAUUAUUUUUGUCAAAUUUACAAAAAACCAAAUUUAUUAUUAUUUGAAGAUUUAUAAGAUCAUUUAUUAGUAUGUUUUAUACAAUUGAAUGUUAGAUAUUAGAUAGACAUAGUAUUGAAUGAUUAUAGAUAAAUAAAUAUGAGAUAAAACAACAAAUAAAGAUGAGAUAAAACAACAAAAAAUGAAAUUAAACAAAUGUAAAAUUUCAAAAAUAGCGUUAUAGAAAUAUUGAAAAAAAUUUGUAACUUUAUAAAUUUUUUAUACAUCUUAAAUUUUGUUUGUGAUAAAAUAUUGCUAUUUAUAAAAAAAAUAAAUGUAUAUUUCAUCAAAGAAAGGUGCUACUUAAGGCAAAAUAAUUUAUCAAGGAAAGCAAAACUAAUUUAGAUAUUACUAUAAUUAAACAGUAUUAAUAUUAUUUAGAAUACCAAUUGGAUAUUUUAUAAGUGUAAUAUUUCAUACUGGAUUUAUUUUUUACUUCGGUAAUAUAAAUACCGAAUAGCACUUAAGAUGUGUUGGUAAUAUCUUAAUCGUGUGUAUUGUGUGUAUUUGUAUGCGUAUGCAUUAGAAAGUAAAAUGUGUAAUUAGCUUAUCACAUUUAAUGUUAUAAGUGAAAGUGUUCAAUGGGUAUUAUAUUUUCACAUCUGAAAAUAAAUACAAAUUGCAACUUUUCAUUAUUUAUUUUCGAACCUAUAACUUAAUAUAGAUUUGUAAGAAAACAAUAUAUAAUUAAUAGGUUUAUAAAACCAAAAUCAUUCUUAAUCUUUAACAUAAAAGGAAUGGGAAAUAAUUGAAGAUGAAAUACUUAUUAUCAUAAUAUUUAUUAUUAUAGAGUUUAAUAGAAAAAGAUCAUAUGAAAUUUGUACACAAAUACUAA